AUGCUGCUGACAGCAGUGGGCGGGGUGCUGUACAAGGCAGCAGCCGUGGCGUCCAAUGACGACUUGCCACUUGGCGAGUCUGUGUGGGUGUCGUGGACGUUUGUGUCCAACCCCAGUGAACACGUCAAUGAGGCCUCGGGUGCGAAGCGUGUGGUGAGCGCAGUGGUGUCGGUGGGUGGAAUGCUUUACUUUGCGUUGCUGGUGGGUCUGGCAACGGAUCUAGUGGCGAGCAAGGUGGACCAGCUGGAGCAGGGCCAUGGGGCCGUCAUAGAGAGCAACCACACGCUUGUGUGCGGUGAGUCAGACGAUGCACAAGGUGAUUUAGUGUAG